AUGUCGAAUGAUUACUUAGACAGUGGCCAUCACAGAGAUUAUUUGAUUGAUGGGAGCGAUGAAAUGGAACCACCGGAUCAAGACCGUAAUGAAGCCAUAGAAGAUCACUGUCACUCACUAUUGCUGCAGCAGCGGAAGGUUGGUUUGAGAAAUAUAAGUUUCAAGAAUAAUCGCGCCGAAUGUGGCUUGAUUUUGGUUGCCGCUCUAAGCACUGUUUUUAUCAUGGCUGAGUUUUUUGGCGGAAUUCUGGCUCAUAGUCUUGCAAUUAUGACUGAUGCUGGGCACAUGUUGAGUGACUUAUUAUCCUUCAUUAUUUCUAUCAUCGCGAUACGAAUAUUUCUUCUUCACAAUUUGCUCUUCUUUUUAUUCGUUUUAAUUUCAGCAAAUCGGCGGUUAUCAUUUGGUUUCGACCGCGCAGAAGUUUUGGGGGCCACUGUUUCUAUGAUUAUAAUAUGGAUAUUAACCACUGUUCUGAUUAUGUUAGCAGUACAACGAAUUAUCAAUAAUGAUCUUGACGUUGAUGUAAAUACAAUGAUGAUUACUGCAUCAGCAGGAGUUAUAUUCAACAUUAUAAUGGGCUGUGUUUUACAUCGUUCACGGCACUCUCACUCUCACAGAUUUUUUUUUUACAGCCCAUCAAAUAUAAAUGUUCGUGCUGCACUUAUUCAUGUUAUCGGGGACUUUGUUCAAAGUAUUGGAGUUCUAGUGGCUGCCAUUAUUAUCAAAUUCACUGAUUGGCGGCUAGCAGAUCCAAUUUGUACUUUUCUCUUCUCUAUUAUUGUCUUGAUAACAAGUGUCACUGUAAUGCGAGAUAUCUUCCUCGUGCUUAUGGAGGCAACACCGUCGCAUGUGGAUUACGGACAACUUCAAAACGACCUUUACAAAUUGAAGGGUGUUCGAACUGUACACAGCCUUCAUAUUUGGUCUUUAAGCAUGGAUAAAACAUCGCUUUCAGUACAUUUAGCCAUAGAAGCUGAAGCUCUGGAAACUGUGAAGGCUGCAGGCAAGUUGAUUCGUUUUAAACAUGGUAUUCAUAUGGCUACGGUCCAGGUAGAGCCUUAUGAAGCAAUUAUGGGAUCUUGUGACUACUUCAAGGAGACAUUUUGA